GCAGGCAGGCGGGGCCAGCCCAGCACUUAGGAGUGUGCGUCAGUCCGUCAGUCCGCUGCCUCCGAGCAAGCCACUGCACCGCCGACUGCAGACACGGACCUCACCAUGAAGCUGGCCCUCCUGCCCUGGGUCCUGCUGCUGCUUGCGACAGUCCCCGGCCCAGGUCCCAGGCCCACAGCAGAUGCUCAGGACAGCUGCUCUCUGCGCUGUGGGAACCAGAAUGGGACCUGCUCCUGCCACCCAACCUGCUCAGGCCUUGGCACCUGCUGUCCAGACUUCCGUGACUUCUGCCUGGAGAUCUCACCCUUCUCAGGCUCCAUGAUGGGCGGCAAGGACUUUGUGGUGCGCCAUUUUAAGUGGUCCACACACACAGAAGGUGUGAUCUGCAGAUUUAAGGAGAGCAUCCAGAUCCUUGGCCAUGUGGACUCCUUGGGACAAGUGCACUGCGUGUCACCCUUGCUCUAUGAGACUGGCCGCAUCCCUUUCACCAUCUCAAUGGACAAUGGCCGCUCCUUCCUGCGUGCAGGCACCUGGCUGGCUGUACAUCCUAACAAAGUGUCACAGUCCGAGAAGGGCCAACUGGUGAACGAGACCCGCUGGCAAUACUACGGCACCCCAGGCACCACCACAGGGAACCUCAGUGUCACCUGGGACACCUCGGUGCUGUCCACACAGACCGUCAACAUCGAGCUGUGGGGCUACGAGGAGACAGGGACACCGUACUCAGGAAACUGGAUAGCAAAGUGGUCAUAUCUGUACUCUCUGGCCACAAACGCCCCCAACUCUGGCUUCUUUACUUUCAUUCCUGAACCUGCACUUGCCUCCUACCAGAAGUGGAGGGUGGGUGCGCUGCGGAUCACUGCCAGCAAACACUACCAAGGCGAGAAGGAUGUGCUGGCAAUCUGGACCAAUGAGCACGCACUGGCUUGGCACCUGGGGGAUGACUUCCGGAAAGACUCUGUGAGCUGGGCCCGUGCACAGUGCCUGGACUGGGAGGAGCUGGAAGACAAUCUGCCCGAUUUCCUAAAGGAGCUGCCGGACUGCCCUUGCAACCUGGUCCAGGCCCGGGCUGACACCGGCCGCUUCUUCACGGACUACGGCUGUGACAUUGAGCAGAACAGCACUUGCACCUAUCACCCGGGGGCCGUGCACUGCGUUCGCUCUGUGCAGGCCAGCCCCAGGUUCGCCUCGGGCCAGCAGUGCUGCUACAGGAAAGACGGCUCACAGCUCCUGACCGCCGACUCCAUUGGCGGCAGCACACCCGACCGUGGGCACGACUGGGGCGCGCCUCCUUACCGCACACCACCCCGUGUGCCCACCUUGUCCCACUGGCUUUACGAUGUCAUGAGCUUCUACUACUGCUGCCUCUGGGCACCCGAGUGCUCCCGAUACAUGCAGCGGCGGCCUUCCAGUGACUGCCGCACCUACCGUCCCCCGCGCCUGGCCUCUGUCUUCGGGGACCCCCACUUCGUUACCUUCGACGGCACCAAAUUCACGUUCAAUGGGCGUGGCGAGUACGUGCUGCUGGAGGGGGAGGCGGACGGGAAGGACCUGCGGGUUCAGGCGAGAGCCGAGCCCACGACACUGACCAGUGGCACCCAGGCCCGUGGCACGGGGCUGACGGCCGUGGUAGUCCAGGAGGACAGCUCGGACGUGGUGGAAGCACGGCUGGCUCAUAGGCCUGGGGUCCUGGAGGUGCUGCUGAAUUCCGAGGUGCUCAGCUUUGCCGAGCAGAGCUGGAUGGACCUGAACGGCUUGUUCCUGUCAGUAGCUGGUGAGGACAAAGUAUCAAUCAUGUUGUCAUCGGGGGCUGGCCUGGAGGUCAGCAUACAGGGCCCCUUCCUGAGUGUGGCUGUCCUGCUGCCUGAGAAGUUCCAGAAUCACACCCGCGGUCUCCUUGGGACACUCAAUAACAACCCUGCUGAUGAUUUCACCCUGCGAAGUGGGAUGGUCCUGCCCUCGAAUGCCAGUGCCCAGGAGCUGUUCCAAUUUGGGGCUGAAUGGGCUGUGCACAACAGCUCCUCCCUGUUCACCUAUGACUCCUGGUCGUUGGUCUACAACUUCCUGUACCGACCCAAGCACGACAGCACCUUCAAGCCCCUCUUCUCCGACGAAAUUGUCCUCAGCCCGGACCAGGCAGAAGAGGUAGCUAAGCUGUGUGGGGACGACCAUUUCUGCAAGUUUGAUGUGGCGGUCACUGGGAACCUGAUCGUGGGCAAUGUGACACGGGCGGCCCACCAGAUGCACCAGGAGCGCCUUCAGAGCCUGCAGCCUGUGGUGUCCUGUGGCUGGCUGGCUGCGCCUUCCAACGGGCACAAGGAAGAUUUCAAGUACCUGGUGGGCUCCACCGUCCGCUUCCACUGUGAGAGCGGCUACAGCUUGGCCGGGGCGGACACUAGCACCUGCCAGGCUGAUGGCACUUGGUCCGCACCCACCCCGGAGUGUCAGUUAGGACGGAGCUACACAGUGCUGCUGAGCAUCAUCUUCGGAGGCCUGGCAGUCGUGGCGCUGGUGGCCAUCAUCUACCUGCUGCUGCGCCGCAGGAAGAACAUGAACCUGUGGCGUUCCCAUCCCUGAGACCAGAGCACACUCAGGCAGCAGCACAGGUUCGUGUCGGAGCCAAGACAAGACCCUGCCUGCCAGGAGAAGGCUGUAGAUUACCAGUCACAGGCGUGCUAAGCUGUGGUUCCCGGAUCUAAGGGCUGGGCACCCAGUACCUGGGGUUAUAAUUCUUGUGGGCCCAAGACCCAGUGUCUGAUCUCAUCUCAGCCCUGAGGCUUGGUACCUGUACCUUGCUCUGUUCCCCAUAUUACUUAAGGCUAUAUAAUUCCUUAGACCUGAGACUUCACACUCUGGAAUUCUAAUAGCUGUGUCCUGAGCCCUAAUGCAUCAGAAACUCGGAUUCCAUACCUCACUCCCUGUGGCCUGAGGGCACAGACAGACUGUUCCCCUCCAUCCUGUGGGGCCCCCAUUGCCAAGGUGCCUUGGCUCCUGCACCUUCCGUCCAACCUGAGACCCUAGUGGGCCCAGCCACAGGGCAAAGAGAGGCCUUAGCGCCCCCAGAAAAGCAAGGACUGCAGGAAGGGAACGAGCCAGACUCUACACUCCAGGCUUAUAUUUCUACCUCUUCUGGAUGUUGCUUGAUAACACCCCCUCUGUCUGUAUGAGGAGAAAACAAGCUUCCCGUGUCCUUUC